AUGCCUUUCAUCAGACGAGCAAACCUCCCUUGGUGCCUGCCUCCGGACUUGACCAUUGCAGGCAAAUGCAUUAGACAUUGGGACGAAUGUUCUAAAGCCGGAUGCUCUUGGGUCAGAGGCAAGCAUCAUUGGAUACACUUCUUCAAGAAACAAAACAUUGGGACGAAUGUUCUAAAGCCGGAUGCUCUUGGGUCAGAGGCAAGCAUCAUUGGAUACACUUCUUCAAGAAACAAACCGGAUGCUCUUGGGUCAGAGGCAAGCAUCAUUGGAUACACUUCUUCAAGAAACAAACCGGAUGCUCUUGGGUCAGAGGCAAGCAUCAUUGGAUACACUUCUUCAAGAAACAAACCGGAUGCUCUUGGGUCAGAGGCAAGCAUCAUUGGAUACACUUCUUCAAGAAACAAACCGGAUGCUCUUGGGUCAGAGGCAAGCAUCAUUGGAUACACUUCUUCAAGAAACAAACCGGAUGCUCUUGGGUCAGAGGCAAGCAUCAUUGGAUACACUUCUUCAAGAAACAAACCGGAUGCUCUUGGGUCAGAGGCAAGCAUCAUUGGAUACACUUCUUCAAGAAACAAAACGCAUCUAAGAAUGGAUCAACGUCGCCCUCAUCACGGAAAGCUCCAUGAUAUAAAGAUGGGCAAAGGCAGCACCGAAACGUCUAGAACCAUGGAUUACUAA